ACGGUUUGCCAGAAGUCUUAUAGCUGAUCACCUAGGAAGAGAAGUUCUAAAGCAAUAAGAAGAAAGCAUUUCAAUUUGGGACACUUACUGCAGCUGGAAAUGGGGAAUGGACUGUCAGAUCAGACUUCUAUCCUGUCCAGCUUGCCUUCAUUUCAGUCCUUCCACCUUGUUAUUCUGGGUUUGGACUGUGCUGGAAAGACAACUGUUUUAUACAGGCUGCAGUUCAAUGAAUUUGUAAAUACUGUACCUACCAAAGGGUUUAACACUGAGAAAAUUAAGGUAACCUUAGGAAAUUCUAAAACAGUCACUUUUCACUUCUGGGAUGUAAGUGGUCAGGAGAAAUUAAGGCCACUGUGGAAGUCAUAUACCAGAUGCACAGAUGGCAUUGUGUUUGUUGUGGACUCUGUUGAUGUCGAGAGGAUGGAAGAAGCCAAAACUGAACUUCAUAAAAUAACUAGGAUAUCAGAAAAUCAGGGAGUCCCUGUACUUAUAGUUGCUAACAAACAAGACUUGAGAAACUCGUUGUCUCUUUCAGAAAUUGAGAAAUUGUUAGCAAUGCGUGAACUGAGUUCAUCAACUCCUUGGCAUUUGCAGCCUACCUGUGCAAUCAUAGGAGAUGGACUAAAUGAAGGACUUGAGAAACUACAUGAUAUGAUAAUUAAAAGAAGAAAAAUGUUGCGACAGCAGAAAAAGAAAAGAUGAAUAUCAGCCUUUUAUAUCUGUGGAGUAGGUUUUUUCUGGUUUGAUUUUGACAAAUUGAAGAGUGUCUACAGUCUGGUUUGCCCGUCUGCCCUCCUGGAUGCUAUUAAAGCUUUGUUUUGUUGAACAAUCAGAUGCUCAACUCUGUUGCCUUGGGGAAGAUGAAUAAACACAGGGCUUCUUAAAGUGGUCUUUUCUCCCUGACCUACAAGUCUUUUGGUACUACCUUUUUGGGAAGCCAAGCAAGGAUAAUAAAUUGACCAGAACACAGUUGUGGAAAUUUGACCUGAAGUUAGUGAAAUAAAACUUUGGAGAGUAUCUGCCUACUGUUUUGUGCUUAUAUCUUUUGCGGGGAAACCUUUGCAAGGGAAUUGGAUAUGAGGAUUUGUAUGUUAUGGUAAAAUGCUAGUGAGUGGAAAUGUUAAGGUAGAUUAAUAUAAAUGCAGUUAUAUUGAUCACAUUGGUCCAAACAACCCUUGUAUAAGGGACGAGGAAGGGUGUUACUUUUUUAAAUUUGGCCAAAUGAUUUUUGAUGUUUUUCCAGAAUCAAAUAAUUUAAUGAUAUAUCUUGAUUCUCAUUGUUUAAGUUGGCCUAACCUUAAUGAAAAUAAGAUAUUUGGGGUAUAUUCAAGUGCAUGGUUUAGUUAUCCUGACAAAGCAUGUUUUGGUGUGUAGUCUUUUUAGAAAUAGCUAUGCAUUUUUCUACACAGGUUUAAAACAACUUCUUUGGGGGAUUUAGGGCAAUUAUAGAAAUAGUUUGUCAGAAGCACUUUCACUUGAAGAACCUAAAAUAAUUUACUUAUGUAGUGAAUAGGGGCAUGUAAACUAAUAAAUGCAUAUGGAUUUAUGAAGAAAGCAAUUGAUGAAUUCAGUCAAGAGGAUGGAAUUAUAUGAUCUCUAAAAUAUUCCAGUUAAGAGAUAUUUGUUAAUAUUUGCUGGAUGAAAACAGAUAAAUGGUUUUUCAUAUAUUUUUGUAAUGUGUUGGGAGGAGCAAAAGCUUUAUAAAGAACACUGAAUGUGCUGUGGAAUG